UCCAAAACAUCCGCCUUUGGCAAGCAUGUGACAGAUUAUGAUACCUCUGAGAAGCCUUAGGAGAGCAUUAAUUAAACUUGUAUGACUGUACUGUAAACUAUAUUUUCAUGUAACGCUAACAAGGUUCUGUUGUUCAAAUCAUUCCUCUUGUGUAUGCUAUUUAAUGGCCGAACUUGGCAUUGAUUUCUUGUGACAGCUACUAGCUAGCUACUGACCGUAGCUACUCACACUGACAGUAAUACUGUUGCCCCAAACAGUUUGUUUGACCUAGCGAUAGCUAGCUAGUUAGCCAUCUGGUCACUAAUGUCAUCAUGUAUUCGUUCCACCAGUCCAUGGUGUUGAAUCUGGUUUCUCACUGUAAAAACCUCACGUCGCGAUAUAUGGGAUCUGUUCAGAAGGUGAAGCGGCAUGUUUUGAGAACACGCCAAGACGAAAAUCCAGUGCUUCUCUACGCAACAAUGGCGAGAAGGGCGACCAAACGCUGCCUCUCGAGCUCAGCACACUGUCAUUCUAGCACCGGGCCAAUGGACGACAUUAACCGAGUUAAGAGGGUCUCUAUUGAAGGCAACAUUGCGGUAGGAAAGUCGACUUUCGCGCGACUCCUGCAGUUUGCUGGCCAAGACUGGGAAGUGGUUCCCGAGCCCGUGGGGAAAUGGCAGAGCAUCGAGAGUGGGUCUUCACAACAGACGGUCAGUAACCUGUUGGAUAUGAUGUACCAGGACCCUCAGCGCUGGUCCUACACCUUUCAGACCAACUCCUGCAUGAGCCGCAUGCGCACCCAGCUGCAGCCACCACCAGCACGCCUGCUCAGAGCAGAGGGCGUCCCUGUGCAGGUCUUUGAGCGCUCUGUGUACAGUGACAGGUAUAUAUUUGCCCUGAACAUGUUUGAGCUGGGCUGCAUCAACUCUACAGAGUGGGCUGUCUACCAGGACUGGCAUUCCUUCCUGGUGGAACAGUUUGGCCGUCAGGUGGAGCUGGAGGGCAUCAUUUACCUCAGAGCCCCCCCACAGAAGUGUAUGGAGCGUCUGGAACGACGGGGGCGAGAGGAGGAGAAAGGAGUGCAGCUAGACUACCUGGAGAAACUACACACCCAGCAUGAGAGCUGGCUCAUAGACAAGAGCACUAAGCUGCACUUUGAACAGUUGACCCAGGUGCCUGUAUUGUUGCUGGAUGCCAGUCUAGAGUUUGAGGAGGACCCUGAGGUGCGGGCCAAACUUAUCACACAGGUGAAGGACUUCUUCAGUGGACUAUGAGGAACAGUCAGUUAUGCGGCUAUCAACUCCAUGCGAUCAAGAUAUCUGCAACCAUUUGGACCUCAGUCAGUGUAAAUGUAAAAUGUAUAUGGCAUUUACAAAUGUAAACUUGCAACCGUUCUCGGUCUGAUUUAUCCCCCACAUCCUUUCACUGUAUCUUCACUUAUUUUGGGGUAUGACAAACUUCAAAUUGUGGGGUUUCAGUUAGCUAAUUACAGAUUUCAGUAAUAGCAUAUGGGUACCAGAUGCUUUUAACCAUGUACUUUGUUUGUGAAUAUAGAAUUUGAUCUAUAUUGGACCAUAUUCACACAUAAAGAAGCAGAUUUUGGAUUGUUACCUGGGAACAGUAAAAAAGUAGGUCACAUUCUGAUGCAAAAUUGUCUGGUCUAGUAGUCUGUUACAUAUUUUGUUUCCCUUCUAUUUUGCUUAAACUUCAAUGUUACUUUGG